AUGGCCAAACGGGCAUUUGACCAGGCCUCUCAGAACCAACCCACCGACGAAGCGCGGGACGCCUACCUUGAAGCGAGCAGAGCUGGUCAGUCCCAGCCGCCUGAAACAGAGGCCCCGGCGGCGCCAGAGGUCGAGGGCCAAGAGACGUCUGAAGCUCUUCAGAAGCAACCGACUGAGGCCGAGGACGACCAGCAGAAGUUGCAGCUAGAGCCUGAGAAAGACCAAACCGAACAGCAGCAAAAGUUGCAAGAAGAAACCGACAAAGAGCACCCCGAAGCUGAAGGCGAGACAGCAGCCCCAGAAGAACCGGAAACGGAACCAGUGGACUUUUCCAUCCUCAAAAACGGCACCGUCAACAAGGGCGGCAACGUCGUCAACGAAGACGGCAAAGCCGUCGGCCGCGUGACCGAAGGAAUCCUAAAGCACCUCAUUGGCAAGAAGGUUGAUGAGAAGGGCAAUAUCUGGAGCACCGACGGCAAGAUUGUGGGCAAGGCCGAGCCCGUCUCGGAGAGCGAGCGCGACGAGCUGCUCAAGGAGCCCGCCCCGUUCGAGAGCUUCCCCGAUGCCGUCGUCGACAAGGACGGCUUCGUGGUCUCUAAUGGCGAGCAAGUCGGCAAGGUCAUCCAGGGCGACCUGGCAAUUUUGCGGGGUAAAUCCGUGGACCCGGAUGGCGACAUCCUCGACAAGGCGGGCAAUGUGGUCGGCAAGGCCGUGCGCUGGGAGCCUGAGCCCGAGCCGGAACCGGAGCCGGAGGUUCCCGUCGACAAGUCCAUCCUUGCCGGCAAGCGCGUCAACAAGGCGGGCAAUGUUGUCGACGGCAGCGGUGUCAUUUUCGGCCGCGUCGUCGAGGGCGACGUGAAGAGGAUGGUCGGCCGCAUGUGUGACAAGAACGGCAAUAUUCUCAGCGAGAGCGGAGACAUCCUCGGCAAGGCUGAGCUCGUCCCCGAGGGUGAGCGCGAGGGUCUGAAAGAGGGCCCCUUUGCCGAGCUCGAGGGCUGCACCGUUGCCAAGGACGGUACUGUAGUCACUCCGGCAGGAGACAUUGUCGGCCGGGUCAUCAAGGGUGACGCCAAGAUCUUGUUCGGGCGGGCUGUCGACGAAGACGGUGAUAUCCUGGACAAGAACGGCAACGUCCUUGGCAAAGCAGAGCGUUGGGAGCCUGAGGCCGUCGAGCGGAAGAAGAACCCCAUGUCUGGUCGCAAAGUCAACCGCGAGGGUAAUGUUGUUGACGAGGACGGUAACAUCAUCGGCAAGCUUACUUCAGGUGACCUGCAGAAGUGCAGUGGAAAGGAGAUUGACGAUGAUGGAGAUGUCGUCGACUACAAGGGCAACGUCGUCGGCCACUGCAGCCUCAUCGAAGACAUUCCCAAGGUUGAAGAGGAGUCUCCCGAGGACAAGGAGAAGCGCGAGCAGGCGGAGCAGGACAAGAAGCUGGCCAUCCAGAUGUCAGUCUGCAUCGAGCAAUGCCUCGACAAGAUCCGGCCCAUCUGCAAGAUGAUCACAGAGAAAAUUGACAAAGCCGAACGCACGCCCGAAGACGAGCGCGACGAGGAAGCGCUCGUCAGAGAGGUGAAGCCUCUGAUCGAAGAGGGCGGACGCAUCCUCAGCGAGGCAAAGGGCAUCAUCAAGGGCCUCGACCCCGACGGCCGGAUCGCGGCCAACGCCAAGCACAAGUCGGCGGCGCGCGAGGCCACGCCCGAGGAGCAUCACCUCGCCGACGUCCUCAAGGACCUCACCGGCGACGUGACGCAGUGCAUCGACAAUGCCAAGCGUAAGCUGGAAGACAUGCCGCACGCCAAGAAGGAGCUGAAUCCGCUCUGGGGCCUGCUCAACGAGCCGCUGUUCCAGAUCUUGGCCGCUGUCGGCUUGCUGCUGGCUGGAGUGCUUAACCUUGUGGGCAGAUUGCUGGCCGGGCUUGGUCUUGGUGGACUUGUCGAUGGUUUGCUUGGAACCUUGGGCAUUAGCCGUGUCCUUGAGGGUUUGGGACUUGGAUCCUUCACUAAGAGUCUGAAGGGCGGCAAGAAGAAGGGUGGUGGUCUCCUGGGUGGUGUGCUCGGCGGUUGA